AUGGCGUCUUGGGGGCUCCUUGUGACCGGCGCCUCCUUCGCCGCCUUCCGGGGGCUGCACUGGGCGCUGCGGCUGCUGCCCGCGCCGGGAUCCGCUGCCCAGGACCGUUGGAAGUGGCGCAAUAUCUGUGUCUCCCUGCUGCACAGCCUGCUCACAGGGGUUGGGGCGCUGCUCGAGCUGUUGGUGUACCCUCAGAUGGCUGCCGACCCGAUUCACGGCCACCCGCCCUGGGCCGUGGUGCUGGUGGCUGUGUCCGUGGGUUAUUUCUUGGCGGAUGGAGUUGACAUACUGUGGAACCAGACCUUGGGCCAGGCCUGGGAACAUCUGUGUCAUCAUUUGGUGGUAGUGAGCUGCUUCAGCACCGCCAUUCUGUCCAGCCACUAUGUGGGCUUCUCUCUGGUGUCUCUGCUCCUGGAGCUGAACUCUGCCUGCCUGCACCUACGACAGUUGCUGCUGCUUUCUCACCAGGCCCCAUCCCUGGCCUUCCGCAUGGCCAGCUGGGCCACCCUGGCCACCCUGGUCCUCUUCCGCCUGGUGCCUCUGGGGUGGAUGAGUCUGUGGCUGAUCUGACAGCAACACCAGGUGCCUCCUCCUCUGGUCAUCCUUGGUGCAACUGGGCUGGUCACUGUGGGUGCCCUAAGCAUCACACUGGGUGUCCGUAUUUUGGUCAGCGAUGUCCUGCAGUCUCAGCCUCAUCCACCCAUCCCUGGGCACAAGGAAACCAGGGGCACAAGGAGAUGUCGUGAUGGUGAGCUUGUCACCAGGGAUGAUUCCACUCUCAGCCUGAAAGACUAG